GGAAAGAAAACGAAAUGAAAAAGGCAAAAGAAAUAACAAGAAAGAGGACAUGUACAAUCUCCUCUCUCUCACCUUCACUCUGUAAAGUCCAAAGGUCGGCUCAUCUCAGUGUUCGCCGAUCAACACCGCCAUUGCCAAAACGUCGGCGAAUUUCUGGGUAUCGAUCAUUGGCUAUUCUUUCCUUCUCUAACCCAAUUUUUUGCUACCAUUUUAACGUCCUUACGACUUUUCUAGAAAUAAUUUGAAAUCACAUUUUACUCUGGCUGUGGGCAUCAUUUUCAUUGGUAAUAUCUUCUGCUUUAUGAAGUUUGGCUAGAUAUUUUUGAGAAGACAAGAAUGCCGGGAAUACCUCUUGUUGCUCGGGAAACAAUGAGCUUAGAGGCACCAGUUCUUUAUGGUGGCAUUUUCUGAUUUAGAAAGCUCCAAUAGAUCAUGGUGGCUGGACUAGUAGAUUUCUGUUUGACUUCAGGACUUCCUCCUGCUUUCUUUACUCUAGACCAAUCCAGAAAUGGAGAUCAGUCGUGCCGUCAAGAUUCUAUGGUGCAGUUAUCUACCGAAGAGGCAGUUGCUGCUGAGGAGAGUCUAUCAGCAUACUGCAGACCUGUAGAACUUUAUAACAUUCUUCAGCGUCGUGCUAUGAGAAAUCCGUUAUUUCUUCAACGAUGCUUGCAUUACAAAGUACAGGCAAGGCACCGCAAAAGGAUACAAAUGACAGUGUCUCUCCCGGGGAUAUCAGAUGACAGAGUACAACAGAGUCUCUAUCCCAUGCAUAUCAUGUUGGCUAAGUUGCUAUCUGAUGUACCUGACGUGGAGCCCUCUGCAGUUUAUCUCUAUUCUAAAGCUCGUCUGCUGACAACCCUAACACCAGAAGAAGGGGUAAAUGUGGCACAAGCGUAUUUUAUACUACCUGAGAUGAACAAGUUAGUGAGGGAAGCCAAAUCCGGAGCACAUUUCAUCUUAUUUAUUAGUUAUGCCUGUGCAUAUACUUCUUUUGGAUUUGAUACUUCUAGAGAACAUUUGGGUAGUAGCAUAUCUCUUUUGCCAAGUUUUGAAAAGUCCUGUUUAUGGGGAAAGAUAUCAAUGGAGUCACUUUUCUUAUCUUGGGAAAAGUUUCCAAAUUUAAACAGAGGGGAGAGAGUGGAAAUGCUAUCUACAGUUGACUUGCGUCCUUGCAUUAUGAAGUCUGGUGUUUUGGGUGAAGAGAAGUGUAUUUCAUUUCAGAUGUCUGAGAAUUCUAAUCACCUGAGCUCCUCGAAGCAUGUACAAGUCAUUAUUGCUGCAGAAGAGCGAGGGGAAAAAGAAAAAUCUCCCUAUUCUCCGCAUACAUACAAUAACAAUCUGGCUUUAUCUUCUCAUGUUUUGAGGUUGAGGAAUGGCAAUGUGAUUUUCAACUAUAAGUACUACCAGAACAGGUUGCAUAGGACUGAAGUGACUGAAGACUUCUCCUGUCCUUUCUGCUUGGUUAAAUGUGCAAGCUUCAAGGGCCUGAAGUUUCACUUGGUCUCCUCUCAUGAUCUGUUCAAUUUUGAGUUCUGGGUCACGGAGGAGUACCAAGCUGUAAAUGUGUCGGUCAAAUCUGACUUACGAAGAUCUGAGGGAGAUGGAGUUGAUCCUAAGCAGUUGAUAUUUUUCUUUUGCUUCAAAAAGCUUAAGAGGAGAAAAACUAAAUUUCUAUUUGAUAAGGAGAAGCAUGUACCACUGCUGACCUUAACAUCUGAUAUGGCUGCUGCAGCAAGUGAUCUUCUGAACAAAGCUGAUGAUGCUUAUUCCAGUAGAAUUGAGAGGGCUCGGAGUUCAAGUGUGAAUGAUUCCUUAAAUGCUAUCCCAGAUGCAGAUUGUAUUCAGUCUAUAUCACGAGGUGGUCUUGUUCCACCUGCAAUGCUCCAGUUUGCAAAGACUAGGAAGUUAUCAAUGGAACGAUCUGAUUUCAGAAAUCGUGCCUUACUGGAGAAGAGGCAGUUCUUUCAUUCUCACAGAGCACAACCUAUGGCAUUGGAACAAGUUUUGUCAGACCAUGAUAGUGAGGACGAAGUUGAUGAUGAUGUGGCUGAUUUAGAAGAUCGAAGGAUGCUGGAUGAUUUUGUCGAUGUGAGCAAAGACGAGAAGCAAAUUAUGCAUCUCUGGAACUCUUUUGUUCGGAAGCAACGAGUGCUUGCUGAUGGCCACAUCCCCUGGGCUUGUGAAGCAUUUUCACGAUUGCAUGGUCAUAACCUUAUCCAAGCUCCUGCUUUGAUUUGAAUUCAGAGGCAAGGGAGGAAGAUUUCGGCUGCUAUAUCACUCCUUGUGGUUCGAAUUCAAAGAUGAGUGAGAAAGAAAGAUCAAUUAGUCAUAAUUUAUACAAACAACCAAGAAUGUAGAAGAAUUGAUCAUUUACCUUGAAAAAUCACGAAAGAGAGGAAAAUCAACUGAUUUUUCGCAGCCCAAAUCCUUCGAAGAUCAGAGAAAGAAGAGGAUUGAGGAGUAACGUGCGUUGUCUUCGAUUAUGCCGGUGAGAAUGAGUCCAUGGAUUCAGAUUUGAAGCGUGAAAAGAAUUAAGUGUUUAGCGCAAGGGAAUGUCAGGUUUAGAGUUUUAAAGCAAGGGAGAAGGAAGAAGAAGGUUAAUGUCGGGUUUAUUUCUGUUGUUGUUUGUUUUUUUUCUUUUUUUUUUUUUUAUCAAAUUAAAAGAAAAAGGAAAAGAAAAGAAAUUAAAUUGAGAAUAUUUUAUGUCAUGUGUAUUUAAGAUCAUUCUCGCACUGAUAAUUCUCUUAAACUUACUCGUCUUAAAUUAUUAAUUUCCUAAAUGUUACACUCUUUUCCCAUUUAUCUCCAUUGUAAUUUAAACACAUUAUUAAUACAAUCAGUCAUCCUGACUAGGUAAUAGGUAUGGUGGAUGUAGCCUUUCUUUUGUGAACCACCUUAAAUCCUUGUGUUCUUUAUUGCUUUGUUCAUUUUGUCAUUCUUCAUACUCUUGCAUAUUGGUUCAUAUCUUUUGUGCACAAUAUAGACACUCAUUUUCUUCCUUAGUAUUGAUCUUGGUGUGUGAGUGUACUCUUCAUUCCAAAAUGUUAUAGCAGAGAAAUUUUAGCUAGAUUUGAUGUAGGUAAUAGAAGCUUGGUAUGGCCCUUUGGUUAUAAAGUUAUGACUUAAAUGAAAUUGAUUGCUCAGUGCAGUCUGGAUCAUUCUGAUAGGCAAAUCCAAAGAUGUUUAGGAGUAAUCAUUGUCUCUAUAUCGUAGUGCAAGAAUAUAGUUUUGGUCACGGUUGCGGUCACAGUUUCGAAACAGUUUUGUGCUUAAUACAGCCUAUGUUUAGGUGACGGUAAACUCAAAAGCCUUUACAAUACAGUCACGGUAUGAUGAUGCGGCCUUGUUUUUGCACUAUUGUUGAUACUUGAUACUCUAUAUCUGCUCCACUAGAAGUCAAAAUGCAUUAUGUCCAGCGGGGCAGUUAGCAACUUAAAGCGUUCCAAAUGUACUUUCCCCAUAAGGAGUUUGACUUCAUUAAAUCAAUGGUAGAAAUGCUGAGGUGCACAAUCAUUAAUCUAUCCUACUAUUAGAAAUUCUGAAUUUGAACGACUCCAUGCUUGAGGAAAUAAGACAGGGCUUGGCACAAUGUUGUCGUUUAGUUAGCAUCAAUUGUGUCAUGCAUUACUUCCUUUUGACCGAUAAGAGUGUUCCUGCUUGCAUUGUUCUGUACUCGGAAGUAUUUAUGGAUAUGGU